AUGGCCUCAAUUACAUUCAAGUCUUUCAUCGGACUCCAUCAAUCUUCAAUGGAAAAACACCGCCACCACUCGAUCACCACUCCAUCUGAAUGUCUUGUACCAAGCCAACUCCACUACCGCCGUCUUACUGUUGUCGCGGCCAAGUCCAGUCCCACAAUCACUGGACGAAAUCUUCGCGUUGCAGUGGUUGGCGGUGGUCCUGCCGGUGGCGCAGCUGCCGAAACUCUAGCCAAAGGCGGAAUAGAGACUUUCCUCAUCGAGCGCAAACUGGACAAUGCUAAACCCUGCGGUGGAUCCAUCCCACUUUGCAUGGUCGAAGAAUUUGACUUGCCGAUGGAUAUAAUUGACCGCCGUGUCACCAAUCUGAAGAUCAUCUCCCCAUCAAAUGUCGCCGUCACCAUCGGUAAAACACUCAAACCCCAUGAGUACAUCGGCAUGGUCCGUCGGGAACUCCUCGACGCCUACCUCCGUGAUCGCGCUGAAGCCUCCGGCGCCACCAUUAUCAACGGACUUUUCGUCAAAAUGGAUAAACCCCAAGAGAAAAACGCACCAUACAUCCUCCAUUACAAUACCUACAACGGAAAAACCGCUGGAGAAAGGACGAGUAUCGAAGUUGAUGCAGUAAUUGGUGCCGACGGAGCAAAUUCCCGUGUCGCAAAAUCCAUUGACGCCGGAGAUUAUGAGUACCUUAUAGCUAUCCAAGAACGCAUCAAGAUCCCUGACAAAAAAAUGAAGUAUUAUGAGAAUCUCGCCGAGAUGUACGUCGGAAGUGACAUAUCACCUGACUUCUACGGAUGGGUGUAUCCGAAAUCAGACCACGUGGACGUCGGAACAGGAACCUUGAGACAUAAACCAGACAUUGAAAAACUCCAGCUCGCCACGCGCCUCCGUGUGGGUGAAAAGAUUCAAGGAGGAAAGAUCAUAUGGGUGGAAGCUCACCCCAUGCCUCAACACCCUCGACCGAGGAGAGUGGUGGAGAGGGUAGCGUUGGUAGGAGACGCCGCCGGGUAUGUUAUGAAAGGCUCCGGUGAAGGGAUAUAUUUUGCAGCAAAAAGCGGGCGGAUGUGUGCGGAGGCGAUAGUGGAGGGAUCGGAGAACGGGAGGAAGAUGGUGGACGAGGGAGAUUUGAGGAGUUAUCUGGAGAAAUGGGACACAAUAUUUGGGCCGACGUUUAAGAAGAUGGAUAUGGUGGAUAAGGUGUUUUAUAGGUCGAAUAUGGGGAAGGAGGCUGUAGUGGAGUUGUUUCGGCAUGAAUAUGCGCAGAAGAUGAUAUUGGAGAGCUAUUUGUACAAGACGGUGGCCACUGUGAAUCCUUUGGAGCGGUUGAAACUCGCCGUGAGUUCAAUUGGGAGCCUGGUAAGGGCUAAUGCCUAA